AUGUUUUCUUAAGGUAGAAAGUUUUCUUGCUGGCAUAGAAACCGUGGGAGGGGUAAAGUGAAGAGGGACGGAACAAGCAUCCGUCCAAGCAGGUUCUUGUGAGUAUGAAUCAGAUGUGUGUCAGUACUUACUGUCAGACUUAAUUCCAGGUCUGUUUCAUAGAAAUACUGCGAUCACACUAACUCUAAUUUGAAACUUGAGAUUUUCAGAGUUGCAAGAAAUGGAGGAGCAUAUCGGCCAUGUCAUCCCAGCACCAGUAACUACGAAGGGAUCAGUUGUGCAUGUUUUGUCCCCUGAGAACUGUUGCAUUGUCAUUCCAGACAAUGGAAGGACCAUCAGAGACUUCCUAGACAGUAAAAUAAAAGAGUGUGGUUCAGCGGACAAUGAAGAGCCAGUCUAUGUGGCAAGUCUGGAUAGUAUAUUUGAAAGGCACCUCAGGUGGCGUACUAACUUACCUCGAGUCAAGCCUUUCUAUGCAGUGAAGUGCAACAACGAUGCAUCAGUUUUGAGGAUGAUGAGUGCUCUGGACACAGGUUUCGACUGUGCUAGCAAGGUCGAGAUCCAGCAGAUGCUGUCCCUCGGAGUGACACCUGACAAAAUCAUUUACGCACACACAACCAAACCACUGUCGCACAUCAAGUAUGCCUGUACUCAUGGAGUCGAUAUGAUGACUUUUGAUAGUGAGGAAGAACUCCUAAAAAUAUCUCUUAGUCACGCCAAAGCCAAAUUGGUACUCCGCAUCGCAGUGGAUGACUCUGCAUCCAAGAUAAGAUUCAGUUCAAAGUUUGGCGCCAGACUGGAGUCAGUUGGUAAGCUGCUGGGACGUGCUGGAGAGCUUGGCUUGGAGGUCAUUGGGGUCAGCUUU